UAAAAAAAGUCCAUUCUCUCUCUGUUUCUCUGUUGUAGUGAUUUGUGUGUGCACGCGUGCGCUGCUCAUUGCGUCUCCACGCGUACGCAAGCGUGCCUGACCGGUACCGGAGCGCGAGAAGGGGUGUGCCCGUGCUUGUGUGUGAAAAACAGGCGCAUGCGCUCCACGAGACCUAAGACAAGGACGGGGAGCGUCAGACCGCAGCGGCUGCAGAUUUUUCCCGUCAGCCGGGGGGGAGAGAGAGGCGGCCAGGAGGUGGAGAGGACAGCAGGGAGAGAUGGGAGUACUGUAAUCCCGGGGGAGGGAUGGACGGACGGAUUGAUUCAACGCACAGAACCACGGAGAUUCUCACUUGACCCCACAUCAUCCACCGUAUUCCGAUCGGAAGCGCGAGGAACGACACUGUGAUGGCAAGUGAAUUACGGGCGCGCGUCCAUCUGAAGUGAUGAGACAGAAGCGCGCGGCUGGAUCCGUCUGUCAGGUUGUAUAAUGGAGAGCUCCAAUGGCUCCGACACCAAACCGCAGAGCCAUCAUCCUCAUCCUCAGGUGGAGAAGAAGAGGUUAAACCGCGCGCCGUCCCCUGCCAGACCCGUCCUGAAGGAUGUCCACUCGCGAACGGCCAAACCGAUCGUGCCAAAAUCCCCCAAAUUCAACAAGCAGCAAUCGUCCGCCGCGCCGGUGACGCCUCAGAGCCGCGUUCCGAGACGCACCGUCCCGGGCGCGAAGGACAAAUCCGCAUCAGCACCUGCAAAAAGCAACAUCAAGCCCUCAGCGACAAAAAAGGCCGUUAAAGUCACUCAGCAUGCAGCAUCCGAACCGAAACCGGCCUGUAAAGCGGUUGAUACCGCCGCUCCGCAGAUCCCCAAGAGCAAGGGGAGGCUGGCUCCGAUACGCGUGCCCACCGGACGCGGCGUCUGUCAGACGGACAGCAGCUCGGAUUUGUCCGACUGUCCCUCCGAGCCGUUGUCCGACGAGCAAAGGCUCGUUCAGGCCGCCAGUAGCGAUGCGGAGUCAGGCAGCGGCUCCGGUUCGAGCGAGCAGGCGGCCGGGGUUCGCGUGCGCGCGCUGGCUCUCGGAGCGGGAGGAUCUCAGGCUGCACCUGCGCCUGGUGCGCACGCGGACAAAUGCAAAGCGGAUAAAGACGAACAAUUCAAAACGGAGGGCAAGGAAAUGGCCCAGGAGGAACUGCUGAGGGAAAUCGAAGACCUUCGAUCGGAAAAUGACUACCUCAAGGAUGAAGUGGACGAGUUGCGAGCGGAAAUGGAGGAGAUCAGGGACAGUUACCUGGAGGAGGAGGUGUACCAGCUCCAGGAACUACGCAGGGAACUGGACCGCUCCAACAAGAACUGCCGGAUCCUUCAGUACCGCCUGCGCAAGGCAGAACAGAAGAGUCUGCGUGUAGCUCAGACCGGACACGUCGACGGAGAGCUUCUACGCGGUCUGGAGCAGGACCUAAAGGUGGCCAAAGAUGUAUCUGUGCGUCUACACAAUGAACUGGAGACUGUGGAAGACAAGCGUACGCGGGCUGAAGAUGAAAACGAGCUGCUCAGGCAAAAGAUCAUCGAGGUGGAGAUCUCCAAACAGGCCAUGCAGAACGAGCUCGAGAGAGCCAAAGAGACUGCUCUGCGGAGGAGAGGCAGUAGAGAAACUUUCAAAGAUAAGAAGUCUUUAACUCAGGAGGACAGUGCAGAUCUGCGCUGUCAGCUACAGUUUGCCAAGGAGGAAUCGGCCCUUAUGCGCAAAAAGAUGGCAAAACUUGGCCGUGAGAAGGAUGAAGUGGAACAGGAAUUGCAGAAGUAUAAAUCAGUAUAUGGCGAUGUGGACAGCCCUUUGCCCCUGGCGGAGGUGACCGGUGGAGGACCCCACACCACCCGGGAAGCCGAGUUGCGGUUACGGCUCAAACUGGUGGAAGAGGAAGCCAACAUCCUGGGGAGGAAGAUUGUAGAGCUGGAGGUGGAGAACCGUGGCCUUAGGGCGGAAAACGAAGACCUACGCUGCCAAUAUGAGAGGGACUGCUUUGGGCGCGAACCCUUCUCAAGUGUCCCUACCUCACCGUAUGGUGGCGAUGCCCUGGAAUCUGCAAGCGAAUUGCGACGGCACUUGCAAUUUGUUGAAGAGGAGGCAGAGCUGCUGCGUCGCUCCAUUUCUGAGAUUGAGGACCACAACAAACAAUUGACGUCCGAGCUCAACCGCUUCAAAUUUGGGCCCAGCCAAGCCGACCGGGAGUCAGAGGGAGCUGAGGGUGGAAGUGGUGGUGCACUCAAACCUGGUAACGGAGGUUUUUCUGGAGCUGGGAGUGGCGCCACACUCCAGGAGGAGCUGAAAGCCGCAAGACUCCAGGUCAAUGAGCUAAGUGGGAAGGUGAUGAAGCUGCAGUACGAGAACCGGGUGCUAAUCUCGAAUAUGCAGCGCUGCGACCUGGCAGCACACUUGGGAAUGCGCACCAGUAGCCCACGGGAUAGCGACGUGGAUAGUGAUGCCGGGCGAAGGGAACCAGAUGAGGAAGAGACUGCCAGGCUUCUGCUGCUCCACCCCAAACGUGAGGGUCCUGUUGGAGGUGAGAGCGACUCUGAGGACUUGUUUGAGAAGACGGGCACCUCUGGAUUCGCCAGUGGCGAGAAACCCUCAGAUACCGGUGAGCUGGGAGUGGCCGAGUUGGCUCAGCGGAGACGGGAAGACAGAGAGACACUCAACAACGUCAGACGUGAAGCUGAGCGGCUUGGAAAAACGGUGGAGCGUCUCAUCACGGAUACGGACAGUCUGAUCCGCGAAGGUCGUCUGGUAGUCCUGGGAGGGGACCUUCUUGCGGAGGGUUCAGAGUUCAGGGGCGAUGGAGACUCUGCUGAAUCUAAACCCGAUUCUCAGGUGCUGGAUUCCAUCAACACCCGCAUGAGGGCUUUCCGUAUGGAACUCCAGCAAUUCAUGGACAAAGUGGACCACCUAGGGGAGGGUCUACGGGACCGUGUCGAUGACCUUUCCCCCAUGCCCAACCUCACUGAAUCUAGCAGCUUCCUUUCCUCCGUUACCUCCAUGUCAAGGGACUCGCCAAUCGGCACACUGGGAAGGGAUCUGGUGACGGACUUCCAGUACGGGCGAAGGGAGGAGCAGGAGUGGUGCCUAGACCGGCAGAGUGGCACGGAGGGCGCCGCUAAGGGGUCCGCCACAGCCAGGGGAGCCCCUGGACUCAGUAGAUACGCCAGGCCACACAGUUUCAGACCCGAGUGCUGGGAUUUUGAGACUGGUGUUCUGUGUUCUGCUGGGGUCCAGUUUCGUGAGCCAGCUCUGCCUGAGAUGGGAACGCCUACCAGAGAGAUACAACUACGCCUGGACCAUGACAGGAGAAUGAGAGCUGGACCGGAGGAGAGAGACAGCUUCACUUCAUCCAUCACUCAGGAGGAGGAGAGGAGGCGUGCAGAGGUGCGGCGAGGCCUCGAGCUGCAGGGACUUCAAUCUCAUGAACCAACAUGGCCGCAGGAAAGAGUCCUGCUACAACAGGAAGUGAGGUUGUUCCGCCACAAUAUGGUGAUUGUCUACAUGAAGCUGCGAUGGAUCCUUAUGCACUGGAGGCUCGGCCGCAGGACAGAUGGCGUGGAUGAGGGCGCACAUGCUGAGUAUGAUCGAUUGGAGAACAUUCCAGAACUGGGCAUUGUUAUCGACCAGGGUGAUGGAGAGAUGGGAAGGGAAGACAAAGUGUGCACCCAAAUCUCAGGAAGUGACCUCACAGAGCCCGGCCCCCUCCUGCUGUCUCCAGAGAGAUUCCAGCCCCAGAAACAGGCAGGUGACAGUCUUCGUGUGCUACACGCCCUGCGCUCUCUACUGGAGGAGUUCAGGGCGGAGCUACGUGAGGAGGCGCAGCGGCGCUGGCAGCUGCAGCAGACACUAGCCAAUGAGAGAGCGGCGUGGGAGAUUCAGCGGGCUGAAAUGAGGAGUCAUGUCACUAAGCUGCAGGAUGUCAGAGGUGAGUCUGCAGGCGCAGAUGAAGGUGCAGACGCGGUUCAACAGGAACGGGAGGAGCAGCGCCGUCUACUGGCCGACAGUCACAGCACGGCACUGGAGCUGCGCUGGAAACUGCAGCAUGGAGAAAAGCGCUGGACCCGUGAGCGGAAUGAACUACUGGAGCGGUUUGAGAAAGAGAGGCAGGAAUGGGACCGCAGCUUACGGGACAUGCACCACAAGAUGGAAAAGAUGCAGAAAGACAUUCUACAGUCAGCAGAAGGAGGCGCAGCGCAUGUCUUCUCCCCUCAGGAGAGCCCCUGUAAGGCUCCUAGAUCUCCACGCUCACCCUGCACAACUGCACACAUGCGCUCCCACUCCGACUCGGAGGCCACACUGGAGGAGAAGGGGGCGGUGGGCAGAUCCAGACCCUGUGAGGGACACCGGCCCCCAGAGAGCCUGUUUCUGGAUGCUCUCUCUCUGGACCCCUUGAGCGAGGCCGAGGUGCCUCCUCCAUCACGUCUGGACAGCGAAAAGAGGUUCCCCCACCUGAACGAAGUAAGAGACAGAGCACUGAAUGAGAUUUCUGAGAGUGUGGAUCCUGCCAUUUACCCUGAGGAAGAGAAGAGCAGCGGCAGCCUACUCAGGGCGAAGUCAGUUUGCUCCAUGAGCGACUUCCAGCGUUUAAUGGACAGCUCCCCCUUCUUACCAGAUAAGAGCAAGCCUGGUGAGCAUGGACGGGAUGAUGUGACUCCUCCCCUUUCACCGGAUGACCUCAAAUACAUUGAGGAGUUUAAUAGUAAGGGUUGGGAUCUGCCCACCAGCUCCCUGGCAACUUGUCCCAUUCCUGGCCCAGUAAUCCCCUCUCCGGUGAUGGAGGCCUGGGCAGAGAGGACAGAAUCCCGAAGGGCCGAGUCUACUUCAGAAGCAUUCCAGCAAGCCUCCUGGUUCCUGACCACCAGCGCUACCUUGACCACAAACACCAUGAGUAGCCCCGAGUACUGCCAAAAGCUCCCGCUCAGGGCGACCCAAGGUGGAGACCCGUUUGGGGUGCAUGUUCUCCACAGUCCAGCUCGAGGGGAGCGGUCAGCUCCAGGCACCUCCGAGCAGGAGUACAUGUUCUCCAAAGUGACUAACGUAAAGGCAGGGGAGGUAGUAGGAGGUGCAGAGGAAGUGUUUGGAGGAAGGUGGCCGUGUGAGCUUAGGAGUCAUUUAGAAGCAGGACUUAGGCCUGGAGAACAUCCAUCGAUUUGCGCUGCAGUCGGGUUUACUUCGUCAUUAGAGCUGGAGCUGUCUCGCAAUCUGAGUGACGACAUGAAGGAAAAGGCGUUUUCUGCCCGGAACGCUAUCCGAUCGUCUGCAUCUGGAUCCAGCCCUCCAGAAAGGCAGCUACGGGACAUGGCGUGCCAGACGAAUGGUUUAACUAUGCGGGGGACGCAGACCACCCAGACCAUCAGCGUGGGACUGCAAACGGAGGCUCUUCGCACCAUCACAAGCAGCCCUCACCGCUGUCUAACGCCCAAAGGAGGCUCCACACCCAUCUCAUCCCCUUCUAGGAGCCUGAGGAAGAUGCAGUACUCUCCAGUCGUACAGGCCAAGUUUGAACGCCCGUGCUGUUCUCCGAAAUACGGCUCUCCCAAACUCCAACGGAAACCCUCUAAUGCUGGCAAAGCAGAACAACCUGUCGGCCAGACUCGUGCUCCCACCCCAACAACCACUGCCCAGCAGCCAAAAGGCAACAACGAAUCUGCUUGGGCUCGUUCCACGACGACUAGAGACAGUCCCGUUCACACCACCAUUAACGACGGCCUCUCCAGCCUCUUCAACAUCAUCGACCACACGCCCGUUGCUUAUGACGCCGUGCAGAAGUUCAACAAGUCCCCUAGCCGCUCUCGCCCCACUGAAGCAGGGCCAACAGACCCCAAAUCUCCCGGUGUUUGUGCUGCACAGGGGCCUUUAAGGAACUCUCGGGGCCGGUCCCCAAGCCCUGUGCAGCUCAUUGUAGAGACGCAGGGUGAGAAAACUCCAGAGGGGAUUAGCAUCAGACAGGACCUGUCCGCUCCUCCGGGCUACACGCUAGCGGAGAACGCUGCACGGAUCUUGAAUAAGAAACUACUGGAGCAGAGCUUCAGAGAGGAGAGGAGGCUUUCUGCUUCAUCCGCAGCUGCUCCGAACAGAACCGGAGACACUGAGAAACCUGGAUGUCUUGAGGACUUGCCACGUUCUCCAGUGGCUCCACCUCUGGACUCCUGCUUCCUGCGUCCGGCUCGUCCUGCCAACCGCCGACCUCCGUCCCGCUGGGCCGCCCACUCGCCGUCAUCCUCACCCAACUACAAGGAGCGCACAGAGAGGUUCCGCUUCCCCUCGCCCAUCAGACCGGUUCACACCAUCCCGGAAAUAGAGGAGCCCGGUCAGGAGCUUUCCCCGCACCCUUAACCAGCCUAAACUACAUCCUUUUGCACUUUCUUUUAACCAACCUGUUUAUCACAACCCCUUUUAGUUGUCAAGUGUGAAGAUGAAUUGAAUAGACCCACAGAAUUUAGAAGGCAUUCUUGUGUCACUUCUGAAAUGCCCAAAAAAAGGUAAGCAGAAAGCGAAACCCCUGUUUUAUGCUUUCACUUUCCUUUACUAUCCCCGAUUCCAGCCUGACCACACGUACGCACACCGCCGGAGCGACGGAACCAUCGAGAACCUUUCUAAGAACCACUGAACUGCCACUAGAGGGCAGAGUUCUGUGAGCACCAGCUGAACUGAACCAUUCGGAAAACCUUCUAGAACUUCCGCUUUGGAAUUAUCACGGACCUGGAAUGUACUGACGCAAAACACCGCAAAGUGUUCCAUAAGAGGUGCCUACACACACGUGACCUCGCUACGGUCCCGUACUCGUGUGUGUGUCAAUGUACAUGUAUGCAAUACAUAUGACUUUAUAUGUGUUGGUCGUAAAACAUUGAACUUCUUUUCAGAUGUUCUGAAAAAUAUAACUGGAUAGUAAUAAUAUUUGUCAGAACAGCAUAAAAGUUUACAUGUAUUUUAUGUUUUUUUUUUUUUUUUUCUCUAUUUCGGAGGGUUAAAUAUCAUUUGUUAAUUUAUGUUCUGUGUAUAUAGUUUAUAAAACUAUUUUCUUAUUUUCCUCGUACAUCCCAUUUUGUUGGAAACCUUUGAUGCUUGAAUUUAAAAAGACUCAGUUGUAUUUGUAAAGAGAAUUAGAUAAAAACUAAAGGAGAAAAUCACACACUCUAGUUCGACAGGGACGAAUGAUAUACAUGAUGUCAAUCAUAACAAUGUAUUUUAAAACCCAAUGUAAAACUGAAUGUUCAACUCUGUACACGAUGACAGGAGAGUGUAUUGAUUCUGAUUAUACUUGUGCACAUUUCCCAAGUCACAGAACUAUGGAAGCUUGUUUCCGCCAUGAAAUAAAAAAUUAAAAAUGUAAUUGCGACUUUUUAUCUCACAUUUCUGACUUUUUUUUCUCAGAAUUGCGAGAUAUAAACUCACAAUUGUGAGUUAUAGUCAGAAUUACGAGUUAUAGUCAGAAUUGUGUGAUAUAAAGUCAGAAUUGUGAGAUAUAAACUUGCAAUUCUGAGGAAAAAAGUCAGAAUUGAGAUAUAAAGUCAGAAUUGUGAGGUAUAAACUCACAAUUGUGAGUUAUAAAGUCAGAAUUGCGAGAUAUAAAGUCAGAAUCAUGAGUUAUAAAGUCAGAAUCGUGAGUUAUAUAGUCAGAAUUGCGAGAUAUAAAGUCAGAAUUGCGAGUUAUAGUCAGAAUUGCGAAAUAUAAAGUCAGAAUUGCGAGAUAUAAAGUCAGAAUUGCGAGAUAUAGUCAGAAUUGCGAAAUAUAAAGUCAGAAUUGCGAGAUAUAAAGUCAGAAUUGCGAGUUAUAGUCAGAAUUGCGAGAUAUAGUCAGAAUUGCGAGAUAUAAAGUCAGAAUUGUGAGGUAUAAAGUCAGAAUUGUGUGAUAUAUAGUCAGAAUUGCGAGAUAUAAAGUCAGAAUUGCGAGUUAUAGUCAGAAUUGCGAGAUAUAGUCAGAAUUGCGAGAUAUAAAGUCAGAAUCGUGAGUUAUAAAGUCAGAAUUGUGUGAUAUAUAGUCAGAAUUGUGAGUUAUAAAGUCAGAAUUGCGAGUUAUAGUCAGAAUUGUGAGGUAUAAAGUCAGAAUCGUGAGUUAUAUAGUCAGAAUUGCGAGAUAUAAAGUCAGAAUUGUGAGAUAUAAAGUCAGAAUCGCGAGAUAUAAAGUCAGAAUCGUGAGUUAUAUAGUCAGAAUUGUGAGUUAUAAAGUCAGAAUUGCGAGUUAUAAAGUCAGAAUUGCGAGAUAUAAACUCAAUUGCGAGAUAUAAAGUCAGAAUUGUGUGAUAAAAACUUGCAAUUGAGAAAAAAAGUCAGAAUUAUGAGAUAAAAAUUCGCAAUUACCUUUUUUAUUUUUUUAUUUAGUAGCUGAAAAAAGCUUCCAUACAAAACCCUGAAAGAAAUAUCCACGGGAUUAGUUGGGAAUUCUGUCAUAACUAAAACCAAUCAUAAAGGACAGUUAAAAUCAGUUGCAUUAUCACCUAUAGGAGUUUUAAUUAUUCAUCUGUAAAUCUAGUCUGAUUGAAAACACUUAUAAGCAUAUGCAACUGUUUUAAAUUUAUGAAUAUUUAAUAAGAGAACCAUUGAGGCAGUUUAUGAUUGGUUGUUUGUUGCUUAGAAAAUGACCAGAAAAUGGUUAAAAGUGCUGCAAACACCCUUUCACAAUGACAAGUGUGCAGUGUUGCUCAACGCAGGUUUAAAAUGAACCUUAACCUGGGGUUAAAAAGACAGACCCAGGAUUAAAUUUGACCCUAUUUACUUUCUUAACCCUUGUGCUGUGUUGAAACUUGGUGUUCUCUAUCAAAAAUGGCCGGUCUUUUAAUUAAUUGAAAGAAAACAAGUUGAUAAAAAGAUCAAAUCCAAUAUUCAGUAAGUCAGUCAGUUCUGUAAUAUGUUCUUAACAAAUAAGAAGUUUCAUAUUAGAAUGCUUUAGGAUUGGUUCCAAAUAUGACCGAAAUUCCACUAUGCAUCCUGCGCACAUUUCUUCCAGAUGUGUUGACACGGGUUUGGACAGCAGUUGUGCAGAUAUCAUGUUUGAUAUGCAUGCCUUUAAACACUAGCACUUUAGUGCAUGUACUCAGACACUGUUGUACCUUGUGAUAAAGUUCAUAAUGUAAGCCACCACACACACACACACACACACACACACACACACACACACACACACACACACACACACACACACACACACACACACACACACACACACACACACACACACA